AUGCUAUCCUCGGAAAGUGAAUCGGCGCAGCAGCUUUGCAGUCAAGUUCGCGCAGGCUGUGAAGGCUUCCGAUAUAUGUUCCAGCCAGCCGCGCUGAAACACUGGUGGCGAGCAAAUCCGACAGCUGUGGAAGCCACAAUAGCCUCGCUCUUUGGCCAUGCCUGCAAAGACCGAGAGCUCUGGCAGUUGACCUUUGACGUCAUCCUCCUCUGCCUGUAUGAAGUGCCCGAUUGGCAUGUUAGACAGAAGCUUGCGGAGCAGGUGCUGACAUGUCUUUCAAUGAGCUCCCUGAGCAACACAGAUCGUUUUUAUGGGUGCCGCUGCAUGGUCUAUUGCGAACCAUUCCCGGCCCUGUACGACCUGCAUUCUGAGGUCAUGCACAGACUGCUUCGAAAAAGCAAGAAGGCCAAGCGUGGGAUGCUUUUGUACAUCAAAUGGGCAGCACAGACAGCAAUCUACCAGUGGGCGCUGAACCACGUCUGGUGGUAUUAUUUCUGGUGCGGUCAGACAGUGGAGAUGGCUGCCAGAGCCAAAAUUGAGCAGUUUGUCAACUGGACAGCCGGCGACGCCAACUAUGUGCCCGGCUAG